CGGUGUAUUUAUGGUGGGACCAUUUAUUCAUAUCAAUCUUAUCCCCAGGGAAUGGACGCAUGUCAAAAAUGCAAGCCACAGCUGAAUCAUACUUCUUUUUUUUUCAAUGGCCAUUUGCCAGACGAACAAAGUGACGAGAGAAUGGGGUACUUGCUGAUUUAGGUGUAAUGUGAACGCACGUAGUAUUUUCCAAUAGCUUUCCAUAUGGGCAAGUAGUUGUAAUGGUAUCAAGAUGUAUUAGACCAAACGCAUAUAUCCAGGUAGAGUUGUGCUUAUCUAAUGUCAAGUUAUACUCAGUCAUAAGGGUUAAUCUAGCGUAUAUUUAAUGUUUUGGUCGGUCAUUCUGAAGCAAAGGGACAAUGGGAACACCACACCCUAAAUUACACUCAUCUAUUAUUUACGACCAGGCGUCAGAAGGUGCUGUAUUCAAGGCAGGAAGACAAAAUGUAUCUGUUGCUGAUUCUUCAAGGGCUGUUUUGCUACUUUCUAUGCGGGACAGUACUUGGCCGAAAUAUUAGUAUUAUUACAACACCGGCUGUGAUGGAACUACCUUGCAUGCAAAGUGAUGGCUGGGACACAUAUCUUGGCUCCACAACGCUGUACCUCCUUGUGGAGGAAUCAAAAUCCUUCGCGGAAGCAGAGCAGACGUGUCUGUCUAAGGGAGGACACCUCGCCAUGGCGAACGACCCUGCUGAGUUCGACCUGCUCAUGGAGUUAGCAGACGACGUUAUGGACAAGGAUGUGUGGAUCGGGGUUAAGCAAAUCGUGCUUCAGGAUGGAGGGAGUGGGGAGUUUAAGUUCUGCGAUAAUACUUCACAGCCAUUCAUAGCAGAACAAUGGAAAGACCCGCCUGACGGGUCGAAGAAAUGCGUCAGAAUAAAGAAGAGGGACGGAUACGAGGACAGAGACUGUGGUGGCUCCGAGGAAUUCAUCUGCGAGUGUGUCGGGAGAAUACAAGAGGCGUCUUUUUGUUAUACGCCUCCUACAACAACAGCACCGCCCACAACAACGCCGCCUCCCCCCACAACUACACCCAUGUCAGCACAGGACAUGGCGGCUGCCUUCGCCUCGGGCGCCGUGGGUGUCACGGACAGCGCCAGCUGGGAAGACUUCCUGAGGUGGAGGAGUGGCGACGCCCUACCUCCCGGAUACGACAAGAACGAGAGUCCUCGGAAAGACGGUGCAUGGAUAGACGUCGCGACAAGUGUCUACAUCAGACGAGUUGACUGGCUUUCCGAGGAGAAUGCGAACCUAUCCAUGACGGUUGAGUACAAUCUGGCCUGGGCUGAUGACCGUCUGACAGCUGCCGUGCGGUCCGGCUGGAUGCCCCUCCCGCCCACCCUCCUCUGGACUCCUGCCCUGAUGUUCGGUAACAAGGUCAGGAGAGUUCAGGGGAUCACCAAGCCGAGAGUGGGAAGUUCCGGCGUCAUCGACGAGGUUGACGUAUCACUGAAGAUGUGGCUACACACCUCAGGCUUCGUUGUCUUUCAAAUGACAAAGGUGCUGAAGGCGCUGUGUAAUCUGGAUUUACACAAGUACCCAUUUGAUGACCAGGAGUGCCCAAUUCAAUUACACGCAUACAAUGGGGUGCGGUUUUCACUUAAUCCAUCAACACAAGGCAAACUUGCACCCAUCUCGUCUGACGCCAGCAACGUUGUCUCGCAGUUCAGGCUGAUGGGGACAACCAUUGAGUCUACAUACAGCACGUUCUUUGCCAAUGAUACCAACGACGUCGCCUGCCCGUAUUUCCGUGAGACAUGUGCCUAUGACGUAGAACACUGCAUGCUGUCGGCUCUGAUGAACUGUUCCACGUGUGGGGAUUGUGCUAAACACGUGGGUGACUGUAGUCAUAACAUCGACAUCUGCGGGGACCCUGGUCCAACGGUCAACACAUACACAACCCUGACGAUCAGGGUGGCCCUUUCCCGGCGGAUCUGGCUGUACGUGUUCAGGACGUUCGUGCCCACCCUCAUGGUCGUCGUGCUGUCCUGGAUGAGCCCCUGGAUGGGGUUCCAGAUCCCCGCCGUCAUCGGGCGGGUCUACCUGGGCGCGUCUGCCCUGCUGACAAUCGUGAUGGGAGCAGACUUGAAGCAGCCAAUGGAAUUUAUUUCCUAUGCCCGUGCCAUAGACGUGUGGAUGUCUGGUUGUUUGAUGGUGGUGUUCUGUGGACUACUGGAGACAUCUGUGGCCUACUAUAUCCACCACAGGAGGCUGUCAAAGGACUUAUGGAAGAAGCAGCUUGUGCAGCCAAAAGUCCGCAUCCCACGGGCCCGGUUCUGCCGUCCUUACUACCUACUGCAGUACCUCCCUCCCCCGCCAGCUGCGCGGACUGUCCGGUUCCGGCUGCCCGGCGCCCAGCCCGGUCCACCACCGCCUCCUCAACAACAUCUCCCGCCGCCGGUCGCGCGUCUGUCCAGGAAAAUCGACCAUGCCACAAGAUUUCUCAUUCCUUGUCUUUUCAUUGUAUUCUGUGCUGUUUUCUGGGUGAACUACUUUCUAUAUGACAAUGGGGUGCGGUUUUCACUUAAUCCAUCAACACAAGGCAAACAUGCACCCAUCUCGUCUGACGCCAGCAACGUUGUCUCGCAGUUCAGGCUGAUGGGGACAACCAUUGAAUCUACAUACAGCACGUUCUUUGCCAAUGAUACCAACGACGUCGCCUGUCCGUAUUUCCGUGAGACAUGUGCCUAUGACGUAGAACACUGCAUGCUGUCGGCUCUGGUGAACUGUUCCACGUGUGGGGAUUGUGCUAAACACGUGGGUGACUGUAGUCAUAACAUCGACAUCUGCGGGGACCCUGGUCCAACGGUCAACACAUACACAACCCUGACGAUCAGGGUGGCCCUUUCCCGGCGGAUCUGGCUGUACGUGUUCAGGACGUUCGUGCCCACCCUCAUGGUCGUCGUGCUGUCCUGGAUGAGCCCCUGGAUGGGGUUCCAGAUCCCCGCCGUCAUCGGGCGGGUCUACCUGGGCGCGUCUGCCCUGCUAACAAUCGUGAUGGGAGCAGACUUGAAGCAGCCAAUGGAAUUUGACUUAUGGAAGAAGCAGCUUGUGCAGCCAAAAGUCCGCAUCCCACGGGCCCGGUUCUGCCGUCCUUACUACCUACUGCAGUACCUCCCUCCCCCGCCAGCUGCGCGGACUGUCCGGUUCCGGCUGCCCGGCGCCCAGCCCGGUCCACCACCGCCUCCUCAACAACAUCUCCCGCCGCCGGUCGCGCGUCUGUCCAGGAAAAUCGACCAUGCCACAAGAUUUCUCAUUCCUUGUCUUUUCAUUGUAUUCUGUGCUGUUUUCUGGGUGAACUACUUUCUGUACUAACUCAACAGCCGCGGCUA